UCUUUACAGAUAUUUUCCAAUUUAUCCCUGAAUGAGCGUUGCCUUUCAGCGUCAUUAGUCUGUAAAUAUUGGCGCGACCUCUGUUUAGAUUUUCAAUUUUGGAAGCAACUGGAUCUCAGUAGUCGUCAACAGGUCACUGAUGAGCUGUUGGAAAAGAUAGCAUCAAGAAGCCAGAAUAUUACAGAAAUCAAUAUUUCUGAUUGUCGCAAUGUGUCUGAUACAGGAGUAUGCAUAUUAGCAAUUAAAUGUCCUGGACUCCUAAGGUAUACUGCCUACAGGUGUAAACAGCUUUCUGACACCUCUAUUAUUGCAGUUGCCUCUCAGUGUCCUCUUCUUCAGAAAGUGCAUGUAGGCAAUCAAGACAGACUCACUGAUGAAGGCCUAAAGCAGCUGGGUUCAAAAUGCAGAGAAUUGAAGGACAUUCAUUUUGGGCAAUGUUACAAGAUCUCAGAUGAAGGAAUGAUCAUUAUAGCUAAAGGUUGUCUGAAGCUGCAAAGAAUAUACAUGCAAGAAAACAAAUUAGUGACGGAUCAGUCAGUGAAAGCUUUUGCUGAACAUUGUCCUGAGCUGCAGUAUGUUGGCUUUAUGGGCUGCUCUGUUACAUCGAAAGGAGUCAUUCACCUCACCAAUCUAAGAAAUCUUUCCAGCUUGGAUCUACGUCAUAUCACAGAACUGGACAAUGAAACAGUGAUGGAAAUAGUAAAGAGAUGCAAAAACCUUAAUUCCCUCAAUCUGUGUCUGAACUGGAUCAUUAAUGACAGAUGUGUGGAGGUGAUUGCCAAAGAAGGCCGGAACCUGAAAGAGCUGUAUUUAGUGUCUUGUAAGAUCACUGACUACGCUCUGAUAGCCAUUGGACGAUACAGCAUGACAAUAGAGACAGUGGAUGUUGGAUGGUGCAAAGAAAUCACAGACCAUGGUGCCACCCAAAUUGCACAAAGCAGCAAGUCUCUCAGAUAUUUAGGGCUGAUGAGAUGCGAUCAGGUGAAUGAAGCCACAGUGGAGCAGCUAGUGCAGCAGUAUCCACAUAUAACCUUCAGUACUGUACUACAGGAUUGCAAGAGGACGUUGGAACGGGCUUAUCAAAUGGGCUGGACACCCAAUAUGUCUACUGCCUCUUAACCUCCUAUACCGACAUGACAGUUCCACUCUGCUGCAUUCAGUAGAUCUAAUGGGGAUUGCAGAGGGUUCAAAACCUUUCAUGCGAUGCAAUAUAUUUGUGAGUUUACACAGGUGACAGUAAAAUAGCAAAAGCUGUACACUGACUUUAAUGUACUGUACAACUAAGUACUAAUAUUGAAGCAACUUUAGAAAUGCAUUGUGUUUUUGUUUGCAUAAAAGAUAUAAAAGCCUAUGGCAGAUUUCUUGACGUGGAUUCCUACUAGUUCUCUGGAUAGUUUGAGUUAUAGAAGAUGUUAAGCUUGUUUUCCUCUGUUUACUUUACUUUGCCUUGGUCACGUGUGUUUCCUUUCAUUUGUAAAUGGUAACUCAGUGCUAGCACCAGUGCAGUUGAUCAACAGAAGCCUGUGUUGAAACUGGGAGCUAAACUUGACACUUACUAUUUACUAAAGCUACCCCAGGAGCUUUAAGAUGCACAGAAAUAAGAAAAUCUACAAAUAAUUGUGAUUUUCUUAUAAACAUUUGUAUAAUUACACAAAUCGUUAUUAUCAAGAGACAUCUUAGUAAUUAAUGAUAAUGACAGGAUGGGUUUUUAAUGGACAAUCUUACUUCUUUCUAUCACUCAACAGAAUUGAUUUCUUCUUUCAUUUUGUUUUGCUAAAAAUAGGAGAUGCUGCAGAGAUUUCCAAAUCUUUCCACCUUGCCAUUUUUAUAACAAGUGAGCUAACAAUGCUUAACCUAACAUGGAUAACCAGUUCCCACUAUAUAAAGUCAAACAGUAAUUGAAUACAUCAACUAUCAGAAAUAAGUUAAAAUAAAAUGUUUAAAUACCUGACUGAAAAAAAUUUUUUUUUUUUUAAGUGAACUUGUAUUUGACUAUGCUGUUAUGUUGCUGAAUUGGGAAAUUCAGAUGAAUGGGUAUAAGUCAGUAACAUGAUUCAUCUCAUUUCCUGUGUGGUUGUUAUUUUACAACAGAUCUUAUAAUGCAAAGAGUGCUUACCUCAAGAGGGCCAUCUAAACAUGAGUCCCAUCGUGGGUAUCAUUUGGUAGGAUCAGAUGCUUCGUAAUACAGCAUACGCAAGAAAAUAGCCAGAGUAAAUACAUAAACCAAUUAAUUUCUGUGUGUCGCAUUGCAUUCUAAGGAGUUAAAUUUGACCAGGGGAUAGUGAAAAUACAGACAUUGCAGCUUCAGUUUGAAGUUGCAUUAACCUUUUAGAGUAUUACCAUUUGGUUAAGAAUGUUUUCAGGUGUGUAACACUGGAUAUUUGUUUUUCAAAGGUUACAGCAUUUUAAUCCAAAGUAUGAAAUGCUUAAGCUUCAGCUGAAGAGUUGCCAUUAUUGUCAAAAUGUUUUGCUAAUCCAGAAGGUCUAAUGCAGCAUAACCUAGAAGCUUAUUCAGUAUGGCCGUAUAACUCUCUGUAAAACUGUCUGUUGAUUCCCAUAGCAUAAUUUUUUACAACAGAAACAUCAGCUUACAGUAAUUCCAGUGAGGGUGUUGAAUGUUUUCUUAUUAGACUUUUAAAAAUGGGGAUGAACUAAUUUCUCUGGAAAAAAUAUAUCGUGAAUUUUUUGCUUUAAAUAAGUGGUAAAUACAUGUGAACAUGUGUAAU